AUUUCCAAAAACUGACCGGCCGUUUAAAUUCACACGCUGACAUGCUGACCCACGUGCCCUUUUAACCUCGUUGUGAAAAGGAAAGAGUCAGUUCAAUGUUAACAGUCAUUGAGUGAACUUGUCGCAUCUCUUCCUUGAUGUCCAAUUUUCAAACCACUCCCAAGUUAAUUUGCACAAAAAUGGAUGACAAGAUCAACAUGUCUCUGGAUGACAUCAUCAAACACAAUAAACUAGGAAGCUUGAAAGCCAAUGGACGAUCAUCAAAUGGACGCAACAGCCGACAAGUAGCUCAAGUUCCCUCCAUAAAAAGAAGCCCUAUUGGAUCUGGUUGUAGACACAAAAGCAAACAUCCUCGAGCUCAGGCUCAUUCAAAUCGGACCCGAGAGAAGUCAUCUCGGAAUUCCUCUGGUCCCGUCAAGUUGACCGUGUCCAACCUCAAUGAGAUCGUUUGCGAUGCCGACAUGCAAGAGCUCUUUUCCGAGCUGGGAUCCGUUCAACAAGCUAUGGUUCAUUACGACAAGUCCGGGCGCUCAUUGGGAAUAGCCCAUGUGGUUUUUGAUCGUAUAUUGGACGCCAUCAAAGCCAUCAAACAGUUUCAUGGGGUCCCCUUGGACGGUAGAGCAAUGUUCAUUCAAUUAGCAGACCCUUCGUCCGAAAUCUCUAAUCAUCUCGCCGUCAAAGAACCCAAACGCAAAACACACCAAAUGACAAACCAACGCCAUUCCAAAGGAGCUUUGAGCGGGCGUGUUGUCAAGAGCAACCAAACCUCUCGUGGAGGUGGGAGAAUAACCAACCAAGGAAGACUCCAUGCCCUUAAGAAGAAGUCAAAACUUACGGCCAAGGAUCUGGACAGGGAAUUGGAUUCCUACUUGAAAGCCCGUUGAUUUGAUCCCUGGAUACCACACUAUACCGUUGAAGAUAAUCAAAUUAUAUGUUGACGUCAAUGAUACAUAUCCCGAAAAUAAAUUA